AUGAUGAUGCGACCCGUUGUGUGUUUAGUGGUUUUUCUGCUGAGUGUUGCCUAUGUAUGUGUGGAAGCUAACGGUCAGCCUGGUGCGGCAGAUGGACUUGGUGGUACUGGUGGUGUUGAUUUGGAGUGCCGUACUGGUACUACUCAUACUGACGGUAAAUGUAUUGCUAAUAAAGAACCUCGGCUGGAAGGAAAAAAUGAGAAUAAAGGUUGGGAUGAAUCGAAUGAAGGGCUUGGGAAAGAUGGGGUUACAAAUGGAAAGAGGAUUUAUCAUCCCGGUGUGUCGGAUCUUGACGUUAUUGAUGACGUUUUAAAGGUGCCAAAAGGUGACACCACGUCGAUAAAACAAGAACUGGCUGAUAAUCUUCGUGGUGGUGCCAAGGGACCAAAUCCUGGAGAGACUUUACAGAGGGAGGAAGAGGGUGUUCAUAGUCAUGUCACACAUCCUGAAGAGGGACAGCUGGAAACACAAAAAGGACAUGAAAGAAAGGAGUCACGGGAUCCUGAAAGUACACUUCAACAGACGAAGGAAACACGGGAGAAUGAAAACCUGGUUCAAGAAGACCGUGAGGUGGCCCGCCCAUCGGUACCUUCUGUAGGUGAGCCAGAGUCAAUUCCUGUUGAAACUACAGCUACAGUUCCUUCACCAACAAAAGCUGCAAAACCACACAGUGCACCAGAAGGUACGCCUGAAUCAGAAAGAACUGUAAAUCCACCAACAGGGGAACACACAACUGAAGAGGUUAAUACCAAUCAAACAAACCCACAAUCACAGUCUGAAAGUACCCCAACAACUUCACAAGAAACAAAUACCACUACUCCACCGAGCACCGAGAACACUACCGCAGAAGCACCAACAACAACUUCAUCACCUGUAGCCAAUGCAGUGAUCACCAAUAUUGCCUCCACUGUAAAGAACAAGGGUAAUGCAGACAGCAGCAGCAGUAUCAGUCCUGUGUGGAUGCGCACUGCAGCACCGCUGCUGAUUGUGGCUGUGUUGGUCUCCGUUACCGUGUACUGA